AUGGUUGGCAUUUACUCAUAUUUAUAUAGAUUCAGUGAGUUACAGGAAAAUAACCUUGCUAGGGCUGCAAACAGUAAUUCUCUUUACUUUUCUAAACUCAGAGAUGAGUGGACAGACGCCAUCCAAAUGGUGGCUGACAAGCUGCAAAGACAAGAGGAGGAAAGGAUCCAGUGCAGCCCAACAUCAAACAUCGACAACAUGGUCGAGGAGGAGAUGGACAUUUCCACGACGCACCACAAACGCAAGACAAUGAGUGACUUCGACUACCUGAAGCUUCUGGGAAAGGGAACCUUUGGUAAAGUGAUUCUUGUCCGGGAAAAGGCCAGCGGGAAAUAUUACGCCAUGAAGAUCCUCAAAAAAGAAGUCAUCAUAGCCAAGGAUGAAGUGGCUCACACACUCACAGAGAGCAGAGUGCUAAAAAACACCAGACACCCCUUUCUUACUUCACUGAAGUAUUCAUUCCAGACUAAAGACCGCCUCUGUUUCGUCAUGGAGUAUGUGAAUGGAGGAGAGCUGUUUUUCCAUUUGUCCAGAGAGCGAGUGUUCUCAGAGGAGCGCACGCGCUUCUACGGCGCCGAGAUCGUCUCAGCUCUCGACUACCUGCAUUCAGCCAAGAUUGUGUACCGGGACCUCAAGUUGGAAAACCUGAUGCUGGAUAAAGAUGGCCAUAUCAAGAUCACUGAUUUUGGCCUCUGCAAGGAGGGCAUCACAGACGCUGCUACCAUGAAGACCUUCUGUGGCACUCCAGAGUACCUCGCACCUGAGGUCCUGGAGGAUAAUGACUACGGUCGGGCGGUGGACUGGUGGGGUUUGGGCGUCGUGACCUACGAGAUGAUGUGUGGCCGACUGCCGUUCUACAACCAGGACCACGAGAAGCUGUUCGAGCUCAUCCUCAUGGAGGACAUCAAGUUCCCGCGCACCCUGUCGGCCGACGCCAAGUCCCUGUUGUCUGGCCUGCUCAUCAAAGACCCCAACAAACGGCUCGGAGGAGGACCAGAUGACGCUAAAGAAAUAAUGCGACACAGUUUCUUCUCUGGCGUGGACUGGCAGGACGUCUACGAUAAAAAGCUCGUCCCUCCCUUCAAGCCUCAGGUGACGUCAGAGACAGACACCAGGUACUUUGACGAGGAGUUCACAGCUCAGACCAUCACAAUCACUCCACCAGAGAAAUUCGAUGAAGACGGGAUGGACUGUUUGGACAACGAGAGAAGACCGCACUUCCCACAGUUCUCGUACUCUGCCAGCGGGCGGGAAUGAACUGUCCAUCACAGUGACAUCAUCACAGCUGGUCUCUGAGGUCAUCAGUGUGGGACAAAAAAAGACCCACAGCUUUGGACCGACUCAGAACGACCCCGACUCGAAGGAUUUUGCUCUUCUCCUUCUCUCUUUUUCACCUCUCCAGUCUGCUUCUCUGUUUCUGUUCUCUUUGUGAAUCCCGUCUUAGAGAAAACUUUGAGGCAAAAUUCCUGUCUAAUCCUGCACUGCAACCCCAGGUGAUCCGAGCUGUGAUGUAACGACCCUUUAAUGACAGGAGCAUCACCAGUGGCCUGCUGUGCUUUGACGUGUCGGUCCUGCCAAACCCCACAAAACCUCUGACUAUAAAGUUAGACGACAGCCGAUGUGUUUUUAAGGAGACGUUUUUGUAGCUUCUUAUCUGUACGACGGAGAUACAGCAUUUUAAGUCAUUCAAACUGCCAUUACCGGUUGUAUCUCAGGCUUUUUGCAGAUACUCAGACACUGAUUUCAGAUCCUCAGUUAAGUAAUCCUGGGAUUGAUUGAGGCUGCCUGGUAGUGAGGAAGCCGUCAGUGAGCAGAAUCCUUCACACCUCAUGUUGUCGAGCAGGAUUUGACUCAGGUUUUGCUCAGUGCAAGUCAUUAUCGUUGUUGCUGCUAUUUCAACUACUACAACUACUACAGGUACUCUCACUACUAUUAUACUACUACUGCUACUCCCAAAAUCCGGUGCUACUCUACUAGCUAAAUGCUGCUGAUCAUUAUGCAGGCGCCAGCAAAACAUCAGCCACCUGUGUUAACAUCUAUGCUUGUACAGCUGCAGAACAGCUGCUGCUCCUAAUGUACAGCUAUUACACAUCAACUCUGUAGAUUAAGGUAAUGAGAGCAUGACAUGUUUGUGUGUGUGUGUGUGUGUGUGUGUGUGUGUGUGUGUGUGUGUGUGUGUGUGUGUGUGUGUGUGUGUGUGUGUGAGAGAGAGCAUGCAAGGUCCAGUUGUGGGUUUGUGCUUGAGAACGCACCUCAAAGCACAGCAGUUCAGAAGGAUGAAGCUCCCAAACAUGAGCUUUACUACAUUGCCCACAAUGCAGUGCAAGGUAGUCGAUGAUACAUAUUAAUGCAGAGGUGAAAAUGAGAGGAAAGCAGCUGGUUUGAAUGUUUCCCCAUGAUUUUUUAUUUUUAUUUCGAGUCCCUCUGAGUUUAAAUCUCUUCUGUCCCAAAAGGGAAAAGGAAACGGUACUUUGUUUCAGUGUUGGAAAGCUUUACUGUGACAUUUUGUUCUCACGGCUUCGGGAUCCACACAGCUGUACCUCUCUGUCUCUGUGCAGGAAAAAGAGAAACUGCAGCAGCAACAGAUUUCACCACAGAGUGAAAAAGAACAAGUCCAGGAAGGCAGGGAGGGCACUGUGAGAGAGUACAGGUGAAAAUCUCCAAGAAAGAUAUGUAAUGUUUAUAAUGUGAUUAUUUAUGACGCAGUGAGGUGACAGCUGAUCUCCUGUCAGCUUCUAAUGAAGGAUUGCAAGGAGGUAUACAUCAAGAGUUAUGGGUUUACAAGAAUCACAGCAAUGGCUAUUAUAUAUGUUCUAUUUAUUGUUCUACUCAUUGGUUUUAUAUUUAACUUUUUCUAUUGUUAUUACAUUAUUCUAGAAAAAAAUAUAUUGUUAUUUCUUAGGGCUGAGAGGAAAAAAAUGCACCUCAAGAAACAAAAAUGGCUGAAGAAUGUAGGAGGGAAAGCAGAUUUAGCCUUCCUGCUCCAUCGUUUAAUUUAAUGUUGUUUUUGUGUUGUUUUGUGACCAAAAUAUGACAGGUGAGAGGUGACAGGACGUGUUAAAGACAGAGGAUGAAAGUGUGGGACAAAGAUAGAGACCCAGGAAGUUAUUUAUCUAAACUACAGGCGUUCAGUAUGAAGAUUUGCUUUCCCAGAGGAGUGAACUAUGAAGCAAGAUCAUUAGAAUAGCAAGUUAUGUUGAGCUUUAAGCCACAGAUUUACACUGCUUUGGAUAAAAGUGUCUGCUACAUGAAAUUGUAGAUUUCAGUGUCACAAAGGUGGCUCUCUUUUAACCUGCUAGAUCACCAUGGUAACUGAAGCAUUUCCCUUUUUCUGACCAGAUUCUAGAUGAGGAAUGUUGAGAAUACAUUGUAUCUGCAAACUUACUGAGCUGAAUGUUAGUAAUUUUACUGAGUGUUACAGUAGCACACGUUGGCGGGAAUUUUUGGGCAAAAUAUUCCGCCCAACCUCCAGUCAGAGAGCCGACAAAAGACCAACAACAGACAACAAAAUAACAUUCAGAACAUUCACCUGGACGUCCAUCAUUACCUCCUCUGUGACGACUGACAGGGAAAUUCUGGGUUAUUCCAACUAAAAAUGAGUCUCUGUGGCUCCAAAAUCAGUGAAACAAACCUCAAAACAACCCUGUGAAGCUAAUUUAGCUGUAACAUGUAAUAAAUCUAACAUGGUUGGAUGUACAAUGAGCAAAUUCUGAGAUUAUCCAACUAAAAAUGCUAUUUUUGUGGCUCCAAAAUCAGUCGUGUAUAAAUAUUUUUAUGUUUACUACUAUGACCAUUUCACAUUGUUAGUAUUGCAACUAAUAGAUUCAGUGGAGUAUAUUGUACUUUACAGAGAGACUAUCAAUCAAUAACAUUAAUCUUAAGCUUUGAUUUGGACAAAACCUAAAGCAAUUUCCCCGUAUCCUUCAGUAUGGGACAGUGUCGGACCUAAAUGCACUUCUUAACUAUCAUAUUUAAAUGAAUUAAGAGUUUUAAUGUGCCGCUGCCAUGUUAGAAAUAAGCAGCUGCAUGAAGACAGCACUGAGUAGUAAAUAUUUAACCCUCGUGUCGUCCCGCGGGUCAAAAUUGACCCUUUUUAAAGUUUGAAAAUGUGGGGAAAAAAAAUUUUUCACAGUGAAACUUCUGACGUCCACAUUUUCAACAUUUUUGGGGAAACCUUUGAACAUUUUUUGGUGGAAUAAAAGAAAUGUUAAAAAUCUUUCUUAAGAACAUUCACAAAAAAGUCAACCAAAAUCCAGCGAAUUUCGCUGCAUUUUGGUUGACUUUUUUGUGAAUGUUCUUAAAGAAAAUAUUAGAAGUUUUACUGAUAUAUAUGUAGUCACUUCAGAUGUUUUUAGGAUUUUUUGGAAGUAUUUUACUCAUUUUUAGAAAAUAUUUACAAGAAUUUUCUUGUCAAAUUUGGGAGAUUUUUUUUUUUUUUUUAAAAUAAAACUUUGAAGGGAAACUUUUAAGGAAUUUUCAUCCUGAAGGUUUUGCAAAUUUUCAGAAAUUUGAGGAAUUUUUUUGCUGAAUUUUUGUAUUUUUUUCAGACAAGGAAACAAUAUUUUUUGGUGCCCGUAAAUGAGGACAACAGGAGGGUUAAUUCACAAUUAACUAUUUUCUAACAUUCCUUUCUUGUAUCAUUGCAGUAACAGCACGUUUUACUGUAAUUUACUCUGCAAUAUAACAACCUGUUCCUCUUGACUGAAGUAGAAAUCAGCCCAAUUUAGCAAAAACCUGGUCAACAACUCGCACAAAGAAAGCCUGGCUAAGUUGCUUCAUAGUUCACCCCUCUGAUUGGAUACUGACACAGAUGUUCCUCCUGUUUAAUCUUACCACAGGUGUGUGUUGGCGAAGGCAGAGUUCAGAGAGGAAGGUGAAGUGGAAGUUGAGCAGAAAGAAAACGGCACAAAAGUCUGAAUGUGAGGCGUUGAGGAAGGAAGAGACUCAGAACUGAGCUGUAAGUGCGUCUGUUUAACGUAAGUGUUGUCGAGAAAAGAGGCCAAAGAGCGUUCGGAUAAGAGAUGUUUAAGGUCAGUCGUCUUUUCCUGUCGGUUCUUUGGAUGUUUAGAUGAGAAAAUACAUUUUCCCUCCACGUCCGAGUCGGGUCCCUGUGCUGUGUUUGAGGCGUGCUGUCACCUCUUCUGUCAGGACUUUGUUUGUUUGCGGUUGUUUCAUUGUCAUGUCUUCCAGUCUAGCCAACAAGAUUUAAAAUCCCCUCGAUUUCUCUGUCUUCAAACGCCGGGUACGCCUUACGGUUUAGCUCAGAACAAGUCAAAAAAAACAAAACAACUUUGACAUCCAGCACUUCUGAGUCAAAAACAGAAAGAAAAAUCACCAGAUGUGAGGUAAUAUAUAUUAAAAAAUUUGCAAUCUCAACUACAUUAAAAACAAACAAACAUGUUCAUCGUGUGGAAAACGUCACCUUCAGUAUCUGGCUGACAGAUUAAAGAGAGUACCAGGGGAUAUGCUCUUAUUAGGCAUAGCAAAGUGUAUUCCACUAUAUUUAUUUGAAUGUUUUUAUUAUUAUCAUUGAUGGAUAACUUGAAUUUAUUUUCUAUUUAAUUUAUUUGAUGUCAUUUUGUUUUGGCGUUUAGCAGUAAAGGGGGUGUAGUCAUGUUUCAACACUGUUCUAAAAAUAAAAAGCCCCCAGUGUUUUUUUUUCCUUUACAGAUAUCUCUUAUACGACACAUUACCUGUUUUCCCGCUGCUCUUAAGUCCAUAUGCUUUACUGUUGCACAUCCAUUAAACUGCUACUAGCUAGCAAAAGCGCUUUAUGGCAGAAAGUAUAGAAGGAUGGCACUGGCCUGCAUGCUGUAGUCCCCCUCUGUACGCACCACCAGUCCUGAGUCAAAGUGGCACUCAGAACUCUUAUGAAAAAUACUUCUCUGUGAUCGAUUGAGCCUGUCUGGCAGCAUCCAAGCAGCCGAAUAGUUCAAAAUGAGUACAGAUCCCACCCAGCUGGCACCCUCGACAGGCUCAAGCAAACGCUCCCAAGUAUUUGGAAGGAUUUCAGCUUUGAUUUGACCCAGGUCUGCGAGCGACUGAGGAGUUCUAGCUGUAUGUGCACGCUUAACGCCAGAACCAUUAGAAACCAGAGUUCAUGAAGUACCGCUUUGUAGCUUUGGCCACAGCACUUUCACACCCAUCACUUUUUAUAUGAUUCAGAGGAAUCUGAUUCAGCCCUGCUUUAAAGGAAGAUUUUUAGCUCUUUUUUUAUGUUUUUAAGAAAAUGUGGAUUUUUUAAAGCACAUAUCCCCUCCAUGUUUUGAUGUUGCUCUGAUGUCCAGCGUUGGCAAAACCCUGAUCAAGCGUCCCACAUGCUCUGGAAUUUUUAGGAAGUUGAUCAGUGUUUAUAAACUAAAAUGUUUGUAAGAAUCCACUGAUCCAAUGUUGUCCCUGAGUUUUCCCUCCAGUGAACUCUCCUCAUCCAGUCCUCCACAGAUCCGUGUUCAUGUCGUGGCAGCAACAAUGUCAGAAAGGUGAUUUUAGGAUCGAAGUGUUCUCUGGUGAAGACGAAGCUUACUAAUCCUCCUCAUCAGUGUGGGUUUCAGCUCAAACAAUCAGUUGUGAACACGUGUUUCACCAAACAGAGGUUCAGUUUGAGCCUCCACAGCUUUACUGGUGCCCUAAACAUACUCGACGGUAUGAGAGAUCUCUGACGCUGCUCUGACAGCGUUCACUCUUAAAGCUGCUGCUGUUUGUACUGUACAUCUAUCACACAACAGAUCUGACUCCAAUAGUGUUUCAAUAACAUGUAAAAAUUCUUUCAAAGACCUCAGCUGCUCCGUAUUGAUCUCGUCCGUUGUUAAUGAACCGACGACUUCAGCCAAAAAUCACAAACGGCACUGCGCCUGGCGUUUAAUGCAGAUAACAAGUGAACGGCUCAAGUGUUUGGAAUGAUUUCUGAAAGCAUUUGACCUCAUGUCUGUGGCAGAUUCCCUCCCCUCUCUUCUCUCUACGGUACUAGUCUACUAUCAUCAUGAUUAUUAACAUAAACAAGCAUGAGAUGCAUUUAUUUAUAAACAGCAAACAAAAAAAAACAGCAAACAUGUACAAAUAUUACCAAGUAUAACUGGGUUUUAAUGCCAUGUCCGUCUACUGUAGCUCUACAGUUGUGUGAGACAUGUUUCCCUGAAGUCAGCUCCGCUCUCCGAUGUGUCAGAGGAGCAGAGACCAUGUUGACUCUGAGACAGUGUCGGGAAACUCAGCGGAUCCAGAAAGAUUCACAGAAAAGCAGAUCAAACAGCCUUUUUCUGUCUUCAUGCUGUCAGGAUGCAGUGCUGCUGGCCAGUGAGGCCGCGAGGAUGUGGAAACAACAAAUUACCAUCAACAUGAAGCUGUUUUUUUACACUGUACAUCCUUAGUAUUUUUACACAUAAAAUGUAUAUGAUAGGGAUGCACAUUAUUUUCCUUCUUACAGACAGCUUCAAUAAAGCACUAUGUCAAUCUGC